AUGUCGGCCGCCAGCCCGGCCUCGGCACCUGGCCGCUCGGUGCCCGGACAUCCGCUUACGAUUCCUGUCACGACUCCAUCUGCUACUUCAUCCAUAGCAGCAGAUGCAGAGGCUGCCACACCCCCCUCUCCCUUUCCCGAGUCUCGCGUGCUCAUCAUCAUGACUGGCGGCACAAUCUGCAUGCGCCCAUCACCCGACGGCCUCGUGCCGAUGGACGGCUUCCUCGAGCACGCCAUGGCGCCGCGGCCGAGCUUCAACGACCCGGCCCCGCCCACGACGCUCACAGCCUACAAGGACGGCCAGCGCCUCGAGUUGCCGUCUUUGCGCACGCCCGUCAGCGCCUACUCGCGGCACAUCCGCUACAGCAUCUUGGAGUUUACGCCGCUGCUCGACUCGAGCUCCAUCUCGUCGGCCGGCUGGGCCGAGAUCGCGCAGGCCGUCAGGGACAACUACCACCUGUUUGACGGAUUCGUGGUGCUGCACGGCACCGACUCGCUGGCCUACACGGCGUCGGCGCUGUCGUUUAUGAUGUCGGACCUGGGCAAGCCGGUCAUCCUGACAGGGUCGCAGGCGUCCAUUUUUGCGCUGCAGAGCGACGCCGUCGACAACCUGCUGGGGUCGCUGAUCAUUGCGGGCACGUUCGUCGUGCCCGAGGUGUGUCUCUUCUUCCACCACACGCUGUUCCGCGGCAACCGCACCACGAAAGUGUCCGCCUCGUCCUUUGAGGCGUUUGCCAGCCCCAACGCCGCGCCGCUGGCCCGCGUGACGAGCCUCGGCGUCGACGUGGCCUGGUCGCUUGUGCGCCGGCCGACACGCAUCGCCGAGUUCCGCAUCAAGACCUACCUCGACACCGCGCACGUGGCCUGCUUCCGCAUCUUCCCAGGCAUUGUGCCAGAGAUGCUGGACUCGGUGCUGCGCGUUGCGAACCUACGCGGCCUGAUUUUGGAGACGUUCGGCAUGGGCAACGCCCCCGGCGGCGUCGACGGCAGCCUAACACGCGUCAUCCGCGAUGCCGUCGCCCGCGGCAUCAUCGUUGUCAACGUCAGUCAGUGCACCAACGGGUUUGUCAGCCCGUUGUAUGCGCCCGCGACGGCGCUCGGCCGCGCCGGCGUGGUGUUUGGGCACGACUUGACAACCGAGGCGGCGCUCACCAAGCUGUCGUACCUGCUGGCCCUCGAUGGCCUCAGCUACGCCGACAUCCAGGAACGCAUGGCCCGUUCGCUGUGCGGCGAGAUGACCGAGCUGACGUCGCCCGUGUUUUCGCAUCCGGCCGGUGCUCUUGGAGACUCACCCUCGGUCGGGCCGGCCCAUCUGGCCGGUCUCACCAGCCUGGCCAGCCUGGCGCACCCCAUCGAGCCCGCUGUCACUCCGACGCCGUCUGCUGCCGGCGCCCCACGCGCACUUGCUGCCGACGGCGCCCUGCGCCCCCUCACGCCCAUCGAGUCCGCCUUCACCGCCCUCGGCUACGCCAUCCGCAACGGGGAUCUGGCUGCCGUGCGGGCCGUCCUCAGCGGCGGCGCCACGACCCACUCGCUUGCGAUGCUCAGCACGGCCGACUAUGCCGGCAACACGGCCGUCCACCUGGCCGCCGUCGGCCCCAACACGGACGUCCUGCGCGAGCUGCUGAUGCACGGCGCCAGCGUGCACGUGCGCAACCGCGGCAACAACACGCCGCUGUUUCUGGCCGAGAAGCGCGGACACGCCGGCAAUGUUAAGCUGCUGCGCGACGCGGGCGCGCAUCUCUGGGGACCGGAGGCAGAGGGAGAGGGCACUGCGGGCGCAGAAAGCAAUGGAGCCGAGGCCGUCAAGGAGGACGAGGUCGAGGCAUAG